CGUAUUUGUAACUUUUUUUAAAAACUGACCUAAGAGCGGCGCUGACGUACACACGUGUCUCUCAUUCACUUAAUUGUCCUCUCAUUUUAGGGACAACAGCGUUGUUUCCUGGAGUCAGUUUGUUUGUGCUGAGAAAUAAAACGAACAACGACGUGUAGAGCAGAGAGAAACGAUGCUGUGUUGUCUCAAACUUCUCCCAGCUCCGCUACAGAUCUGCAUGAGGAUGUGCCUCCACCAGGAUAUCACAGAAGAAGACAAAAAGGCCAAACUUCACAGCACCAAAAUAGAACAGGACCUCAGUGAACACGCCAGGACUGAGAUGAAUGUGGUCAAAAUCCUUAUGCUUGGAGCUGCAGAGAGUGGGAAGAGUACACUGAUCAAACAGAUCAAGAUCAUCCACAGUCAUGGCUUCUCCAGACAGGAGCUCAUCAGCUUCAAGCCUGCUGUCCUUGACAACCUCCUCACCUCCAUGAGGUUUGUUCUCCGAGGAAUGGGAAUGCUGAGAAUUAACCUGGCCAACAAGAAAAACAAGGUGCACGCGCGCUCCAUCCUCUCCUGCAGCCAGUGUUUGGGGGAGGACCAGGAGCUGCUCCCCUUCGUGGCUCACGCUUUCUGUGCACUUUGGGCCGAUCAGGGGGUGAGAGCAGGAGCAGCCCGGGGACAUGAGUAUGAGCUGAACGACUCUGCACUUUAUUUCUUCGACAACAUGAGUCGAAUCGUCGCUCCCAACUACAUUCCCACAGAGACGGACAUUCUGCGAGUCAGAGUGCGCACCUGUGGAGUUAUCGAGACGCAGUUUCAAGUUGGUGAAACCAUCUUUCGGUUGUACGAUGUCGGCGGCCAGAGGAGUGAGAGGAGAAAAUGGCUAAGUUGCUUUGACAGUAUUCAAGUCAUGCUUUUUGUCGUGGCCCUAAGCAGCUAUGAUAUCAAGCUGGUGGAGGAGCCUACAGUGACGCGGCUGCAGGAAAGCCUUGAUCUCUUCACCUCCGUCUGCUCCAACCCCGUUUUUAACAGCACGUCACUGAUUCUGUUCAUGAACAAAACUGACCUUUUUCAGGAGAAAAUCCUUCAUUCUGGAAGACACCUGAGGUUUUACCUAUCUAAUUAUACAGGAUCAGACCGUGACGUCGAUGCGGCGGCUCGCCACAUCACUGCCAUGUUCUCAUCAUGUAACGACGACCCCGACAAGGCCGUGUAUCACCACUUCACCACAGCGACGGACACAGCCAACGUGCAGGUAGUCUUCCACAUGGUCAUUGAUCAGAUCAUCAAGCAGAACGUCGCAGCUGUGCAGCUGAUGUGAAAGUCCCUGGAGGACCGCUGAGAUUUCUGUGAC